AUGGUAAGAACUAAUUUUAUUAUUUGUCCUGUAAAAUAUAUAUUAUAUACAUGGAUUUAUAUUUAUUCUGUUGCAAUAAAUUUAUUUUUCUUCAGUCUGAACAAAUGCAAUAUUGGGAAUAUACAGAGUCAUGGAACAUUAAGAGCUAUUCAAACUUAAGUUCAAGUUGUGAAAAUUCUACUCAACCGACUAUUAUAAAAUCAAAUAUAAAAACCAGUGUAUUGUAUCAGAAUCACUCAUUAACUAUAUUCACAAAUGGAAUACUCAGUGAAAUAAUUUACCUCACGCCCAAAACAUACAUUUUGUAUUCUACUCUUUAUUUAGGAAUUAUGUCAUUUGAUAAAUAUUACCAUGGUAAGUGGGUUCUCAGCUUUUAUGAUAAACCUUCAGCAGUUAAAUGUGUCGAUACAUUGAAAAAUAAUGGUUUAGAAGUGACAGAUAUUCCAAAAUUAUUAUCUGAAAAAAUUAAUUUGGAAAACACAAUAAUCAGUUUAAUAAAAAACCCUGAGUUUUCAAAUUUUGUUGUUCAAGUAGAAAACAUAAUAAACAAAACCAAGUUUUGA